CAAAAACGAGAAAGACAUUGAGUUGGAGAUGUCCACGGCUCCAAACCAGAGCUCUGUUUCCACCGACCCCUCCGGGACGGAGCGGCGGAGUCUCCUGCUGCUCCUCGGUCUGUGCGUAACCAUCGCCGCCGCUACUUUGGUCGGAGGUGUGUAUUCGCUGCUCAGUCUCCUCCGGAUGAGGAGGAAGACCUCCCUGUGUGUGAUCGUGGCGUCCAUGUCCGUGGACGACCUGCUCAGCGCGGUGCCGCUCUCCGUGUUCAUGCUCCUGCAGUGGGGCGCUCCGCCGGGUCACGGCUCCCUGCUGUGCGCUUUAUCCGGACUCCUGUACGUGUUCCAGGGGGUUUCCAGCAACAUGAAAGCGUGCCUUAUAGCAGCCUAUACUUUUUAUGUCACCAAGCGGUUCGGGGUGCUCCGGUCCGGCCGGCGGCCGCUCGCGGUGCUGUGGGCAGUGGCGGCUGUGUGGGCGGUCAGCCUGGCCGUCAGCGCGCUGCCUCUGUGUGGAUGGGGCAGCUUUACGCAAGCCUCCCUCGGCUGUUUCCCGGAGAGCGACGGCUUUUACGUCCUGCUUCUCUUCUCUUUGUACUCCGUGUGUUUCUGCGGCUUGCUGUUUUUCUUCACCCCGCUCACGUAUCAGCUGCUGUGCUCCAGAGAGCCCCAGAGGAGCUUGCUGUACCCGGGCUGCUUGGACGUGCGGGCGAGGGGGCUGAGCGGCCCCGCCUCCGCUCCGCUCUGCGACCUCCAGUCGUUUUCCCGGGACAGCCCGGACAGAAGUUUCUGCGCGUACAGCGAGCUGAGCCCCGGUUCGUGCGGGACGGAGGUCGGGGAGAGAGGGGGUCUGUCCCCGGGGAGGACGGCCGCUGUCGGGGACACGCCGGCGGUGUUCGCUCAGAAGCGCUUCUCCAUGAUCCUGGCGGUGGUCCGGGUUAUUCUGUGGAUGCCAAUGAUGACGUUGGUACUCAUAAGGCAUGCAGUGAAUGCACGCAGCUCCUCCUUGGAGACUCUGAGCUUCCUUCUCACUCUGCUUGCACCUGCGGUCACUCCACUGUUUGUGCUGUCUGAGCGCUGGAUCCACAUGCCGUGUGGCUGCUUCAUUAACUGCAAACGGGAUCCAACACAGGAACCCUCAGAGAUGAAAAGAAGAUUUGAGUUUAACCUGUCCUUUCAACAAGGAUAUGGAGUGUACAAAUUGUCACAUGCCAGCAAGUCUCACAACAGUCCUCCCAUAGAAAAACAGGCUUAUCGCAGCUUUUUUAACUGUGACUUCCCAAACGCCCAUCUCGAUGCGCUGGAAAGUGGCGGGUUCUCCAGGCUCGGCCCUAAUUUCAAUUUCAGCCGGGUAGACAGCUCAUCCAACGCAGGCCUCCUUUUGGAUGCGGUGACUGAUGGAGGGGAGGUGCUGGCUCUCUGUCCUCCUCAACCCCACGAGAGCCACAAGGAUGAUGAGGAAUUCCACUGCGUCCCUUCGCUGCCUCCCCAUCUCCGGGAAAAGGAUAACAAUCUCACUGACACCUCGUCUGUGUUUGACGGGCCUGAGAGGAGGCUGUCGCACGAGGAGUGUCGGAAAAUCGAGCUGACAGACUGGGAGUGGUGCAGGAGUAAAUCAGAGAGAACACCCAGACAGCGGUCAUCGGGUGGUCUGUCGAUUCCUCUGUGUGCCUUUCAGGGCACUGUAUCCCUGCAAGCACCCACAGGGAAGACACUCUCUCUUUCCACCUAUGAGGUCAGCAGCGAUGGUCUCAAAAUCUCCCCCAACAAUGCCAAGAAGGUGGAGGUUUAUCGCUCAAAGUCCGUCGGCCAUGAACCCAGUGCGGAAGACGCAGCGUCUGGAGGCCAGGCCGGGGACGGGAACGUCAGCUGUGUAGGGAUGGGCAUGGAAAUCGGCAUGGGUAUGGGGAUAGGAGCUGGGGUGGGCGAUACCAACGUCAAGAUCCACCUCGAGGUUUUGGAGAUCUGUGAUAACGAGGAGGCCAUGGACAGUGUCUCCAUCAUCUCCAACAUCAGCCAGUCCUCCACACACGCCCGAUCUCCAUCGCUGCGUUACUCCCGGAGGGAGAACCGCUUUGUCUCCUGUGACCUGGGCGAGACUGCGUCCUACUCUCUGCUCAUCCCCACUAGUGGCAACACGGAAGCAGAGACCAUCAAUAUCACUAUUCCUGACACUGUGGAAGCGCACCGACAGAACAGCCGACGGCAGACACAGGAGAGCUCGGGGUAUCAUGAGGAUAUACAGCUGCUGAAUGAGGCGUACAGAAAGCAGGCAGGGGAGGGGGAAGAGUGACUUAGCGGCAGAAUAACAAGAGGGGGGACUCUCAGGAGGAGUUCAAAAGAGCAACAGAGACAGUAAAGGCUGAAAGACAAAUAUCCUGAUCAUUACACUUUUGCUUCUUUCCUAUCAGCGCUUUAACAGAGCUGACAGGUGGCUCGGAUAAAGAUAACACUCACAGACAGUACAGCUAAAGCCUGGUACACUAGUCUAUUUGCUUGCUCUUGUUCUUUCCCUUCAGGUAACAUGAUGAGAGCACACACAUCACUUAUCUGUAUAUCACAUAGAGAAAGAAGCCCGUAAAACAGCAGACAAAAGCAAAUUGGGUUAAACAAGUGAAAAAGACUGGGGCCAAAAGCCGGAAAGGGCAUCAGUGCAUCUGUAUUCCAGGCGAGACUUUUGCCAUAUGGCAGCCUGUCAUCAUGAGACAGAUGCAGCGACAGAAAAAUUCACUUAGACUUUUAAAAGGAGGAGCCGUGUCUGAUAUAAACAGCUCAUUUGGUCGGCAUCACUGGUGACUCAGCUGUGAGGGGAGGGGCCACUUAUAACCCAUGUGUCUGACUCAUUCAAGUAUGUGUUGUGCAUAAAGAUAAGAUUAUCUGUAGUGAUGUCACACAAGCACCAGAUGUAUUUAAAUGGUUCUCUAAAAAGAACGUGUUUACAUUAAAUGGAUUAUCUUUAAUUAUGUUUUCUUUUAGAGCCAGCUGCUUUUUCUAACGUGCUUUGCGACCAUUCAGGUUGCUACUUCCAAAUCAGAGAAAGAACACGGUCAAUGUUGAAAGCAUAUCAUAGGAUGGGGAGUCAGAGGAGUUGAGAGGCGAGUGAGGGAGAGGUUAGGGAAUACUUAUGCAGAACCGUUUUACAGCCUCGCACACGUUCAGUUUAAAUGAGUGACUGUGCAUAUUUUAUUUCAGCAGGCAGCACAUGAAUGUACAUAGCAGAACCACUUUGGAGGCUCAAUUCUCUUGCCCGCUCAGUUCACUUGUCAUCCAAUCAGUGAGUCACUGGGACCCCUUGCUUUCCAAAUGCAUAAAUUGAGGGCUGGAGCAAAGCUUUCACUGAUAGUAUUAUUCAUGUUAUAACUGUUUUGAAUCAUUACACAGACUGUGAAAAUCAAAAGCAUCUGAAUCUGUAUUCUUUCAGAUGACAUACGUAAGCACAUUUACCGUACACGUAUCUGCGUGUGCAAACAGCAGUAAAUUAUAUAUUGUCAAACAAUUUUACAAUAUGUAUGUAUUUAGGUUUGUUUCAUGGUGGUGUCUUUCAGUAUUUCACAUUGCUUCAACAUUACCUCUACACUGUGGACUAUAUUUAUAGACUUUUGUGAGUUCACUUCAUCAACUGCAACAAUUCCCAUCCUCCUGAAGACUGCUUUCAUAAAAGAUUCAUACCUGGAAAUUACCUCCAACAAUAUUGGGAAGCAUUCCUUAGUACCUGGGGCCAAAUGGAAGAGAAAAUGAUUUGCAGGCACAUGAAUAAGAAUGAGUGUUAAAGCUAGAUGGUGUUGUUACCAGGUGCAGGGGUUCAUUGUUGCAGCCUCAUAAAGCUGUAGUAAUUUAAUCACCUUCAUAUUGUCAGUGUUAUACAGGACUAAAGCUCAGAUCCUGGUUAAGUAUUUCCAUAAAUUCUAUGAUCAAUUACCUGUUAUCAGUGUUGUUUUUGAGAAUUUGGAGUUGUUUAUCAGUAUGCUCAUUCAUUUACUUCACAUCCAGAUUCACAUUUGGACUUGUUUGGUAACAUACAAUCUUCUCAAAUGAAAUUAUUUGUUAAAACACUUCGAAUUAAGUGCCCGUGUCAACUUCUUUUGAGGAUGACUUUGAUAAUUAUGUAACAUCACUGGCUGUUGUACCCCUAGGGUAAGUGCAGUAUGACGAAUCCAAAAUAGCCAUAUGAUCUUUUUUUUUUUCUCUGUGCUUAAGGUCAUGUAAAAUUACUUCUGGAUACAUUCAGUUUUCUGGUGUUCAGGGAAGGUUUCACAAAAUGUUUAUGUAUGUUUAUUCAUGUACAGCAGGCAAAGAGUGACGUAGUUUUAGAGCACCGGAAAUACCAGUUUGAAGUCAAAUCAGAAGAAAAGUUAAACAUAACAAGAAGGGGACUCUCAAGUAAAAGAAACAUGCUGUAAAAUCUACAGUUACCAAAGGUUUUGACCAGCAACGAAAUAAAUACAUAC